GAGCAGGGCGGAAGCUGCCACAGGACAGUGGCCCGGUUAUGUGGGUAGAAGCCUUCUGCUCUGGGCAGUUUGCAGGACCUGCUUCGUGUCUGGGUACUGGUGAGCGUGUGGCCUGCGGUGCCACUGUCCCAGCGUAAGGAAUUAGCUGAUCUUUCUCAUAAGCACAGUGCCCGGCCAGACCUCUAUGUAGCUGCAGCUGCAGGCUGGACGGACAAUUGGGGCCGGGCCGUGUUGGGCAUGCACCAUGAGUGACUUUGAAGAAUGGAUUUCUGGGGCCUACAGGAAGGUGGAGGAGGGUCCCCUCCCACUGCUGACGUUUGCCACUGCCCCCUACCACGACCAGAAACCCGGAACCAGUGGGCUCCGGAAGAAAACCUACCAUUUUGAGGAGAAGCCAUGCUACCUGGAGAACUUCGUGCAGAGCAUAUUCUACUCCAUAGACCUGAAAGAUCGCCAGGGCUCGUCCCUCGUGGUCGGCGGAGAUGGGCGCUAUUUCAAUAAAUCGGCCGUGGAAACCAUAGUGCAGAUGGCUGCCGCCAAUGGGAUCGGUCGCCUGGUCAUCGGGCAGAACGGGAUCCUCUCCACCCCGGCUGUGUCCUGCAUCAUCAGGAAGAUCAAAGCCAUCGGUGGGAUCAUCCUGACGGCCAGCCACAACCCAGGGGGGCCCAACGGGGACUUUGGGAUCAAGUUCAACAUCUCUAACGGAGGCCCCGCUCCCGAGGCGAUAACGGAUAAGAUCUUCCAGAUCAGCAAGACCAUCGAGGAGUACGCAAUCUGUCCUGACCUGAAGGUGGACCUGAGCGUGCUGGGCAAGCAGCAAUUCGACCUGGAGAACAAGUUCAAGCCCUUCACAGUGGAAAUCGUGGACUCCGUGGAAGCCUAUGCCACCAUGCUGAGGAACAUCUUCGAUUUCAACGCACUGAAAGAGCUGCUUUCUGGCCCAAACCGGCUGAAGAUCCGCAUCGACGCCAUGCAUGGAGUUGUGGGCCCCUACGUGAAGCGGAUCCUCUGCGAGGAGCUGGGUGCCCCGGCCAACUCGGCAGUGAACUGCGUCCCCCUGGAGGACUUCGGCGGCCACCACCCUGACCCCAACCUUACCUAUGCAGCUGACCUGGUGGAGACCAUGAAGUCAGGAGAGCAUGAUUUUGGCGCUGCCUUUGAUGGAGACGGGGACCGCAACAUGAUCCUGGGCAAGCAUGGCUUCUUCGUGAACCCCUCGGACUCCGUGGCCGUCAUCGCCGCCAACAUUUUCAGCAUUCCGUACUUCCAGCAGACCGGCGUACGCGGCUUUGCACGCAGCAUGCCUACCAGCGGUGCCCUGGACAGGGUGGCAAGCGCUAGCAAGAUUGCUUUGUACGAGACCCCAACAGGCUGGAAGUUUUUCGGGAACUUGAUGGAUGCCAGCAAACUGUCUCUGUGCGGAGAGGAGAGCUUUGGGACUGGUUCUGACCACAUCCGGGAGAAGGACGGGCUGUGGGCCGUGCUUGCCUGGCUGUCCAUCCUGGCCACCCGCAAGCAGAGCGUGGAGGACAUUCUCAGGGCUCACUGGCAGAAGUAUGGCCGCAACUACUUCACCAGGUACGACUACGAGGAGGUGGAUGCGGAGGCAGCCAGCAAGAUGAUGAAGGACCUGGAGGCGCUGGUGCUGGACCGCUCCUUUGUGGGCAAGCAGUUCUCGGCCAAUGACAAGGUCUACACAGUGGAGAAGGCAGACAAUUUUGAGUACAGUGACCCGGUGGACGGCAGCGUCUCCAAGAACCAGGGCCUGCGGCUACUCUUCUCGGACGGCUCCCGUGUCAUCUUCCGGCUAAGUGGCACCGGGAGCGCAGGGGCCACCAUCCGCCUGUACAUCGACAGCUACGAGAAGGACGUGGCCAAGAUCAACCAGGACCCCCAGGUCAUGCUGGCCCCGCUGAUCUCCAUUGCCUUGAAGGUGUCCCAGCUGCAGGAGAGGACGGGCCGUACAGCGCCCACCGUCAUCACCUAGGAGCUGGGCCCAGCCUCACCACCCGCCCUGCAGGAUGUGGAUGGGAUAUGGACGGGACAGGGACUCAGGUCCCUUGUGGUGACCUCUCCACACUCCUGGGGCGGGCCACGGCACGUGGUGCUCCCGUGUCAGGAGGAGGCUGGCUGCCUGCCGGCCACGCCCACCAUGACUCAGUGCUCCCUCCCCAUGACCCCGCUGUCCUGGCCCUGUUUCUGUGCAGCGCAGAGGGUGUGGUGGCGCUGGUGCCUUCUCCCCUGAGGUAUGUGUGUUGUGGUGCGCUUGGUCCUGGCUCCUGCCUUGUGUCACCAGGAUCCCAUCUGUGCACGGCUGAGGAAUAAAUAAAGAGAAAUCACUGUCA